AUGUCUGAAGAAGUUAAGGCUCCAGCUGUUGCUCCAGCUGCGGAACAACCUGUUAUAUUAGGUGAAGAUGGUCAACCAUUGUCCAAGAAGGCCAUGAAGAAGUACUUGAAGGAACAAGAAAAGUUAAAGAAGAAAGAAGAGCGUGCUUUACAAUUACAAAAGGAAAAGGAGCAACGUGAACUAGAGGCUCAAUUGAACGAUACUGCUUCCGAAAAUUACGGUAAGUUCCCAUUAAUCCAAUCUCAGAGCCGUACCGGUGAACAACGUAUUAAAUUCCACGACAUCGAUGGUCCAAAGGAAAAUGUUCUCUUCAGAGCACGUGUCCACAACACUAGACAACAAGGUGCUACAUUAACUUUCUUAACUUUCAGACAACAACAUGAAUUGAUCCAAGGUUUAGUUAGAGUGGCUAAAGACGGCAGUAUUUCCAAGCAAAUGGUUAAAUGGUGCUCUAACUUGAAUUUAGAAAGUAUCGUUCUUGUUAGAGGUGAUAUUGUUAAGGUUAAUGAACCAAUCAAGUCUGCUACCGUUCAAGAUUAUGAAAUCCACAUUACAAAGAUUUUCACUAUCAGUGAAACUCCAGAAUCAUUACCAAUCUUAUUGGAAGAUGCUUCCCGUUCUGAAAAAGAAGCUGAAGAAGCUGGUUUACCGGUGGUUAACUUAGAUACCAGAUUGGAUGCUCGUGUUAUCGAUUUAAGAACUGUGACCAAUCAAGCAAUUUUCAAAAUUCAAAGUGGUGUCUGUUCAUUAUUUAGAGAAUUUUUAACAAAGAAGACUUUUACUGAAGUUCACACUCCAAAAUUACUAGGUGCUCCAAGUGAAGGUGGUGCUAACGUCUUUGAAGUCUCCUAUUUCAAGAGCAAAGCUUAUUUGGCCCAAUCUCCGCAAUUCUACAAGCAACAAUUAAUGGUCGCUGAUUUUGAAAGAGUCUUUGAAAUUGCGCCAGUUUUCAGAGCAGAAAAUUCUAACACUCAUCGUCACAUGACUGAAUUCACAGGUUUAGAUUUAGAAAUGACUUUUGAAGAACACUACCAUGAAGUCCUUGACUUAUUAAGUGAAUUAUUCAUCUUCAUUUUUACUGAAUUAAAGACUAGAUUUAAGAAGGAAAUCGACAUUGUCCGUAAACAAUACCCAGUUGAAGAUUUCAAAUUACCAAAAGAUGGUAAAAUUAUCAAAAUUAAUUACAAAGACGGUAUUGAAAUGUUGAGAACACUUGGCGGUAAGACAGACUUAGACGAUUUCGAAGAUUUAAGUACCGAAAAUGAAAAAUUGUUAGGUAAAUUAGUGAGAGAAAAAUACGAUACCGAUUUCUAUAUCUUGGACAAAUUCCCAUUAGCUAUUAGACCAUUUUACACUAUGCCAGAUCCAGAAGAUCCACGUUAUUCCAACUCUUAUGAUUUCUUCAUGAGAGGUGAAGAAAUCUUAUCUGGUGCCCAACGUAUACAUGAUGAUGACUUAUUAAAAGAAAGAAUGAAGAUUCACGGAUUAUCAUUAGAAGAUCCAGGUUUGAAAGAUUAUAUUGAUGCUUUCACCUACGGUUGUGCUCCACACGCCGGUGGUGGUAUUGGUCUUGAAAGAGUUGUCAUGUUCUUCUUGGACUUGAAAAACAUUAGAAGAGCCUCAUUAUUCCCAAGAGAUCCAAAGAGAUUAAGACCAUAA